GAAAUUGUUAUAAUGGAAGAAUAUGGAAUUCCUGGUUCGAAUUCUUCAACUUCCAUAGGACAUAAUCACUAUAGUUAUGUUAACAAGAAUUCUUCAACUAGUUCAACUUUUAUUAUUAACAAAAAGAACACAAAAGUUGAAGAUCAGGCCAUUAUUAAUCGUGUUAAGGAGUUUAUGAAAGACUUUAGAAAUCCAUCAAAUUUAAUUAGUUUUAAGUAUUUAGUUGAAGACCUUGAAGUAGAGCCUUCUGCAUCAUUAUUAGAAUUGUUAGUUGAUGCACUUUUAUUACUUAGUGAUGCUUCUUUAUUUAAAUGCUACACAAGAAAUACUAUUCCACAUUUAGAAUUACAUCUUCGAACUUGGAUUGCCACCUUAGAAGUUGUAUUUUAUUCUCCUACUGUUUUAACCUGUGAAACUCGUGACAAACUCUAUAGUAAUUUAGAUAAAUUUGUUGAAAUUCACUACCGAGUAACGGAAAUGUUUAGUCAAGGCGUUAAUCAUAGUUUUAAGUCUAAAUAUAAAUCUAAGGAGAUUAAUAUUACUAACAAUAUCUACAUGCAUUUUCCAAAUUAUAAUAUUAAUUUUUUAUUGAUCCACUUACGUGACACUUUACACAGUAUGCGUGAUGAUGAAACUCGAUUAGAUGAAUUUUUACGACGAUUUAGAGAAAGCAUUUUAGUUUUUAUUAGUGGUGUUCCUAAAAUACCUUCUGUCACUUCUGGAAAUGUUCCUGCUGCACUUGAUUUUACUAAUAGUACUUUACCAAGAAUUAUCAAUGCUCUCAAUGUUAAAUAUCCUAUUGCUUACUGGUAUCCAGGGUUUGAACAGCAAAAACUUGAUAUUUUAACUAUACUGAAUAAUUACAAAGCAUUUCGUGGAUUGUGGACUAAAAAAGAACCAACUGCUUUACCAAACUCUCUAUGGUUUGGUGUAUUAGAUCUUGCUCAAAAUUUAAGUUAUCAAACUGUUCAACCUGUUAAUUUAGCUCUUUGUUAUUAUUUAGGCUUGGAAUCAUUACAAAAGUCCCAAUGUUAUUAUAUUCAAUUUAAAUCUUUAGAAUUACUUAUAUCUCUUUCUUAUCAGGAGCCUAAGUGGUUUAAAGAUAUAGUACAAGAAGAAAUAGAGAAAUUUAUCGAAUUACUACCAGUAGAUUCUCAACUAAAAUUUAAAAACCUAAUUAAUGAUAUAAAUCAAAAGCUUCAAUUAAGUAAUGAAUUUAUGAAACAAUUUAGUAUAAAUUAUGAAAAGAAAUCAAUAAUCAAGAAUGAUAUACUGGAUAAAACAUCUAAUUCUUUAUUAGAAAUAAUUGCAGAAAAUUUUACCU